AUGGCCUCCAUACAAGCGGCCAAGAAGGAGCUGCGGAAGCAAAUCAAGCAAGCUUUGACCGCCUUGCCGCAGGAUGCCAUUGCACAACAGACCUCCCGCGCCGUCAGAGCGCUUUUGGCUUUGCCCGAGUACCAGGCGGCCAGACGCAUUAGCGUCUACUUAUCUAUGCCUGUUGGCGAAAUCUCGACCGCAGCCAUAGUCUCGGACGCUAUUGCCAACGGCAAGAAAGUCUUCAUUCCGUACACAUAUCAGCGUUCGGCUCAGCCAGAGUCGAGGCCCAAAUCAAUCAUGGACAUGGUUGAGCUUCACUCAGUGCGAGACUUGGAGAGCUUCCAGCCGGAUAAAUGGGGCAUCCCAACCCCGAGCGCCGAGUCCAUCGCACGCCGCCAGAACAGCUUUGGGGGCAAAGGGCUCUCUGAAGGCGAUACUGAUCCAGCCAGGUGGGGUGCAGACUCUGGGCUGGACCUGAUUGUCGUGCCUGGCAUGAUUUUUGAUGCCGAUUUGGGUAGGCUGGGACACGGCAAAGGCUUCUACGACUUCUUCUUGGACAGAUGCCAGCAAUACAGCGCGAAACUUUUGGGCGUCCGCAUGCCCUUUCUCGUUGGACUCGCAUUAAAAGAGCAGCUACUGCUGCCGGCUCAGUCCGUACCUAUGGACGCGACCGAUUGGAGGCUUGACGCCCUCGUGGUCGGUGAUGGAGCAGUCCUUCGAUCCACCAAGGCCCAGCCUACCGCGUCCAUGCCGUAA